ACGUUUUUGCAACAACAGGCUCUGACACCCUGGGGCGCUUGCGGCGCACCACAGAUCAGAAACGAAUUGAUUCUAGCAAGUUCUUGGCUGUAUCUCGCUCGGCCGCUUGUCAUCUCGCGCUGCCGACGUGUUUGGAGGCUGCCCUUCAGCAAUGCGGCCACCCGCCCUGUUACUCAUCGCAUGCGCCAACAGCCUCAAUUUCAGCCCUCGUCGGGUCCACUUGCGGAAACUCUUACGGAGGAAGAAUCGCCAACCAAAGAGGCCAACGAUGCUGCGCAACCAGGACCGCCCCGAGCUGCUCCUCUUCGUGACUGCCAACGCCGCGCGCUGGACCGACGGCAGCGCGCGGCCGGGCGUCGAGCGCCUGGUUGCUGAAGCCGCGGACGCGGGGACGCCGUCGCUGUGGAUCUGCGAGGAUGACCCGAAGCCGGUCGGUGACCUAAAACCGACGCCCUGGCCAAACGCGCCUUCCUUACCCUGCCCCCAAGCACUGCAAGACGCGCGCGCGUCGAUAGAAAUCGAGCCAGAUGGCUUCGGCGGCGGCAUGGGUGGCGCCGGCGGCACGCGUGCGGUGUCCUCAGAGGAGGCGUCGCGUCGAUGGCGUCUGUGGCGAUUCUGGACGUCACUCACCACCCGAUAAUCCCCACAGGCACGCGGGGCCGGAAGAUGCCGGAGCGCGAGCCGCUCCCGGCGCGGUGCGUCGUCAUCGCGCCGAGCCGCGCGGCGGCGAUCGCGGGGCGGAGCGCCGGGAUGAGGGUAGUAGGCUUGUGCUCCGAGGCCGAGGUGACACUCGACGGCGCGGCGCGGCGCACGAAUCAAACUUCAAAAUGCAUCCGCUCGAUGGCAUAGAGAGUAUUACGACUCACUGAUUGAUCUCAGGCGCCGCGGACGUAUUAUUCGACGAGCUCGACGAUGACUGGGACGCCGUCACGUUCGAUGAUUUGUACACGCCGGGGAGCUACUGGGUGAAUCCGCCGUCGCCGCGCACCGUCGACGGGCGCCACGCGGACCCCUGGACGGGCGAGGUCGUCGAAUACGACAUGAGCGGCGCCGUCGUGAGCAGCGCCGAGGCCGAGGACGAGUCCGUCGACGACGGAGAGCUCUCGGCGGCGGAGCGAGCGAUCCUCGCGGACAUCGAGGGGCUCUAAGAUUUUGUCAGUAUACUUAGGGCACAAGGGGAGACCACGCCUUCUCAAAGGAGGAACGGCGGCGCAGAA